UAUACACAUGCGUUGCAUACUUCCGUGCACAUUUUUUGAGAGUUCGUCGAUUGAAGAUUUAUCAACGAGAACAUCAUGAGGGCUGUUCCGACAUGGGUCGACAAAGUGCAUGACAGAGAUAAAAUCGAACAGUGCAUUUAUGAUAUUGCGUUCAGACCAGAUGGAUCACAACUGAUUGUUGCUGCUGGCAACAGAGUACUGGUGUACGAUGCUAACGAUGGGGCGCUGAUUCAACCCUUGAAGGGCCAUAAAGACACAGUGUACUGUGUUGCUUAUGCCAAGGAUGGCAAACGAUUCUCCUCAGGAUCAGCUGACAAAAGCGUCAUCAUAUGGACCUCCAAACUGGAAGGCAUCCUCAAAUACACUCAUAACGAUGCUAUCCAGUGCUUGUCGUUCAACCCAAUCACUCAUCAGCUAGCAAGCUGUGCAUGUAGUGACUUUGGUCUGUGGUCCAUGGAACAGAAGUCCGUGUCCAAGCACAGGACAGGCAGUAGGAUCACAUGUUGUAGUUGGACUAAUGAUGGCCAGUACUUAGCCCUUGGCAUGUACAAUGGUUGCAUCAGUAUUCGUAGCAAGAAUGGUGAUGAGAAAGUCAAGAUUGAGCGUCCUGGAGGAGGAUUGAGUCCCAUUUGGAGUAUUCAGUGGAAUCCAUCCAGACCCAAGUCUAUUUGGAACAAAUCAGAAGAAUCGUGCCUUUCAUCCAGCAGUAAUGAAUCUAUCAAAAAGUCUAAUUAUUUAUAUAGUCGACGUAGAGAGGAAACCCAAGACAUAUUGGCUGUGGUGGACUGGGGACAGAAGAUGUCAUUUUACCAUCUCAGUGGAAAACAGACUGGUAAAGAGAAGAACCUUGGCUUUGAUCCAUGCUGUCUCAGCUACUUCCCCCGUGGGGAAUACAUGGUGAUUGGUGGUGCCAACAAGCAGGCCGCUCUCUAUACCAAGGAUGGAGUACAGCUAGGGGUGAUAGGAGAACAGAGCUCCUGGGUCUGGUGCUGUGAGGUCAGACCAGACCAGAAUUAUGUGGCUGUUGGUUGCCAGGAUGGUACUAUAGCAUUCUACCAGCUUGUAUUUAGCACGGUACACGGUUUGUACCGUGACCGAUAUGCCUACCGGGAGAACAUGACAGACGUUAUCAUUCAACAUCUCAUCACAGACCAGAAGGUCCGGAUCAAAUGUCGAGACAUUGUCAAGAAAAUUGCCAUCUACAAGCAUAGAUUAGCUGUCCAGCUGUCAGACAAGAUUGUGGUGUAUGAACUGUAUUCUGACGAUGCUUCCGACAUGCAUUACAGAGUGAAGGAGAAAGUGAAUAAGAAAUUUGAUUGUAACUUGCUAGUGGUCUGCUCUCAAAACCUAAUCCUGUGUCAGGAGAAACGUUUGAUAAGUCUGAGCUUCAAAGGUGUCAAGGAACGAGAAUGGGUAAUGGAGGCCUUGAUUCGAUACAUCAAGGUGAUUGGUGGGCCUUCAGGAAGAGAGGGACUCUUAGUAGGCCUCAAGAAUGGACAGAUUCUCAAGUUGUUUGCAGACAACCCAUUUCCUAUCGUCAUCUUGAAGCAACAGACCUCUGUACGUUGUCUUGACAUCAGCUGCUCUCGUAUCAAGCUGGCUGUUGUAGACGAACAUAAUACAUGUCUGGUGUAUGAUGUUAACACAAAGGAACUGUUGUUCCAGGAACCCAAUGCCAACAGCGUAGCCUGGAAUACCCAGUAUGAGGACAUGUUGUGUUUCUCAGGCAAUGGUAUGCUCAACAUCAAGGCUAGCAACUUCCCUGUCCAUCAGCAGAAGCUUCAAGGGUUUGUGGUGGGCUUUGCAGGGUCUAAGAUCUUCUGUCUGCAUGUGUAUGCUAUGACCACGGUGGAGGUACCUCAGUCAGCUCCGAUGUAUCAGUACUUGGAGAGGAAACAGUUCAAGGAUGCUUACCGUGUAGCCUGUCUUGGAGUGACUAACAAAGAUUGGACAGCCUUGGCGCAUGAGGCAAUGGAAGGCUUAGAUUUUGACACUGCUAAGAAAGCUUUCAUCAGGGUCCGUGAUAUCCGUUACUUGGAAUUGAUACAUAGCAUUGAGGAACGUAAGCGACGUGGAGAGGUCAAUGACCAGCUAUUCUUAGCUGAUGUGUUUGCCUACCAAGGCAAGUUUGCUGAGGCAGCCAAGCUAUACAAGAGGGCUGGACAGGAGCAGCGAGCCAUGAACAUGUACACUGAUCUACGGAUGUUUGACCAUGCUAAGGAAUUCAUUGGUUCAGGAGAUCCACAAGACAAGAAACUUCUCAUUACCAAGCAAGCUGACUGGGCUAAGAACAUCAAUGAACCAAGGGCAGCAGCUGAGAUGUAUCUGUCAGCAGGAGAACAUCUCAAGGCCAUUGAGAUCAUUGGAGAUCAUAACUGGGCUGACAUGCUGAUUGACGUCGCCCGCAAGCUUGACAAAGCUGAGAGGGAACCUCUAUCACGCUGUGCUUAUUUCUUCAAGAAGAUGGAGCAGUAUGCCUAUGCUAGCGAGACCUUCACCAAGAUGGGAGACACAAAGGCGUUGGUCUUACUUCAUGUGGAGACAAGACAUUGGGAUGCUGCCUUCACACUGGUAGAGAAACACCCAGAAUUUAAGGAUGAUGUGUUUGUACCCUACGCUCAGUGGCUUGCAGAAAAUGAUAGAUUUGAAGAGGCACAGAGAGCAUUUCACAAGGCUGGUCGCCAGGAUGAGGCAGUCAAAGUGCUGGAACAGCUUACCCAUAAUGCCGUGCUGGAGAGUCGUUUCAAUGAUGCAGGCUAUUACUUCUGGAUGCUGUCCAUGCAGUGCUUGGAGAUUGCAGGGGCUGAAGACUCCAAGCAAGAGGACAUGUUAGCCAAGUUUCAUGAAUUCCAAUCCAAAGCUGAGAUGUACUAUGUGUAUCACUCCAUCCAACGUUACACAGAUGAACCCUUCACCUCUCACCUACCAGAUGCACUCUUCAACAUGGCUCGUUACCUGUGGCAUGCAAUCAUCAAGGACAUCCCACAUGGCAUCAGUAAAGUUAACACCCUGUAUGCCUUGGCCAAGCAGAGUCGUUCUUUGGCAGCAUAUAAACUGGCCCGCUUUGCCUUUGAGAAGCUUCAAUCUCUAAGGAUACCCCUUCGUUUUCAGGAAUCCAUUGAUCUAGGUAGCAUCACAAUCAGGUCUAAACCAUUCCACGAUGCAGAGGAUAUCUUACCUAUGUGUUAUCGCUGUUCAACCACCAACCCUCUCCUCAACAAUCAGGGCAACCAAUGCAUCAACUGUGCUCAGCCCUUCGUUCAUUCCUUCUCAUCAUUUGAUAUCUUGCCCCUGGUAGAGUUUGUCUUGGAGGAAGGGAUCACUGAUGAGGAGGCGGUUAGUUUGAUCCAGAUGGAACCAAUGAGAAAGUCUGGCCAACGAGGCGAUGGAUGGCAGGAAUCGACGGUGGGCGGAGCUCAGUCCAUGAGAUUGGAUGAAUACAGUAAUGAAGGGGCAGAGGAGGACCCAUUUACUGCCCGGCUACUUAGCUUUGAGCAAGGGGGAAGUGAGUUUGUUCCCGUCGUGGUUGGUCGAUCUGUCCUACAGUCUAUGGAGCGUCAUCACGUCAUCAUCAGGAAGUGGCCUUCUCCGUUACGCUACCAAUAUUUCAAGACAAUCAUGCCCGAUGUGUCUGUUACAAUAUGUCCAUCCUGCAACCAGUUCUUUCACACCGAUGAGUUCGAGUUGCUAGUGUUGCAGAAGAACCACUGUCCAUUCUGUCGCAAAUCGCCCAAUGAACAGUGAGGCUUUUCUGUUUCCUGAAACUUCAUUUACUUGCUCUGUUAGGGCCCUUGGAUGUGUAAGUAGUUUAAUGGGGCAAUAAAUCUGAGCACACAAUGAUGUCAAUCAAUCAGUCAAUGCUGAUUAGGGGAACCAACUUUGACAGAGAGAAAGUAUCCUAUCUGUAGUGUACACAGGCAAAGAUUUGUUCCUGACACACAGGGACAUGGGUGGUUGAAAUGGGACAGGGAGUGUAAGGAGAAGUAUCUCUCUCCACAGAGACACCCAGAGUUCCGCUCCCUACCCCCUAACUCUCAGAAAUAUUCCACUGAUGCCACGGCGCGAUGUUUGUAGCAUUCUCUUGCACAAAUUCUCACAUCUGUUUAUGUGUACAGUACAUGCGGGUAUCAAAUGAGGUCAUUCCGUUGUUCUCAUGUAAAAACCGAGAGAACAAGCUCUCCUUUUUCUGGCACUGCAGAAAAUCAUGGCUAGAUUUUGCUACAAAUAACCCUGACCCCAGUGCUUAAGAACCAGUUUUUCAGUAAGAGGAAACCUUACAUGGGACCUGGCGUAGUCCACACAAGGGUUCACACAAUCUGUUUUAGUUCACCCAUUAUGUGUAGAAUGAGUUCAUGUCGACGUGUGCAGUGCAUUUUUUUCCCUAGUUCUCCAACGUUUAUGUAAAUGAAGAGAGUGUCAUCAGCAUUUCCUUCUUAGAAUCCCUUGAAGAAAAUCUGUCAAUUUUUUGUGAACUUGGAGUCAUGUUGGCAAGGAACGACAUGGAUUGAUGUCAGAGGUAGGCUUACAGGUGUAGCAUUGCUGGUAAAAUAUCCACUGCGUUGUUGUACUCAGUGCUUUGGUGUUCAGUUCAUCUGUUUCCUGUCAUUCAGUUUGGAGGGUACUUUGGCUCCUUUAUGAUGUGUCUGAAUGAAUGGUCUGCAACAACUAGGCAAAUUUUAAACAUUUGACAUUUUACAAAGUGUAAAUAAUAUGGUUUGUAUUCUAUAAAUGGGUUCCUGUCAAUCUUUGCAGAGAACGUCCAAUUGAAGAGUUUGGGAAAAUAUUGUGAAAUGGGCUGUGUUGUAAGACUGUGUGUGCAAAAGUGUGUGUGUAAAAUUGAAGGAGUACAAUUUACUUUGUAUGUAAAUAUGAAGAUACCAGUAUCU